GCACUUCCGCUCCUAUCGCGGUGGCUGUGGCGGUGGCGGCGGCAGCGGCAGCGGCGGCGCGGGGCAUGGUCCCCGGGUCGGAGGGCCCGGCCCGCGCCGGGGGCCUAGUGGCCGACGUGGUGUUUGUGAUCGAGGGGACGGCCAACCUGGGGCCCUACUUCGAGGGGCUCCGCAAGCACUACCUGCUCCCGGCCAUCGAGUAUUUUAACGGUGGUCCUCCUGCCGAGACGGACUUCGGGGGAGACUAUGGGGGGACCCAGUACAGCCUCGUGGUGUUCAACACGGUGGACUGCGCUCCCGAGUCCUACGUCCAGUGUCACGCUCCCACCAGCAGCGCCUAUGAGUUUGUCACCUGGCUCGAUGGCAUUAAGUUCAUGGGCGGGGGCGGCGAGAGCUGCAGCCUCAUUGCCGAAGGCCUCAGCACGGCCCUGCAGCUGUUCGACGACUUCAAGAAGAUGCGUGAGCAGAUGGCCCCUGUGGCUGCCUGCUCCACAUCUGUCCUUGUCCCUGGCAGCGGCCAGACACACCGCGUCUGCCUCCUUAUCUGUAACUCGCCCCCGUACCUGCUUCCCGCUGUCGAGAGCACCACGUACUCUGGGUACACGACGGAGAGUCUCGUGCAGAAGAUUGGGGAGCAAGGCAUCCACUUCUCCAUCGUGUCUCCCCGGAAGCUGCCCGCCCUGCGGCUCUUGUUCGAAAAGGCGGCUCCCCCAGCCAUGCUGGAGCCGCUGCAGCCACCAACAGACGUGAGCCAGGACCCGCGGCACAUGGUGCUGGUGCGGGGGCUCGUGCUGCCCGUUGGGGGCGGCUCGGCCCCAGGCCCCCUCCAGGCGAAGCAGCCCGUCCCCCUUCCUCCGGCUCCACCCUCAGGUGCCACACUGUCAGCAGCCCCCCAGCAGCCUCUGCCCCCCGUCCCCCAGCAGUAUCAGGUCCCUGGGAACCUGAGCGCAGCUCAAGUGGCCGCCCAGAACGCGGUGGAGGCUGCCAAGAACCAGAAGGCUGGGCUGGGCCCACGCUUCUCGCCCAUCAACCCUCUCCAGCAAGCCGCUCCCGGAGUGGGUCCCCCCUUCAGCCAGACCCCAGCCCCCCCGCUGCCCCCAGGGCCCCCUGGUGCCCCCAAGCCGCCCCCUGCUUCUCAGCCCAGCCUGGUCUCCACGGUGGCCCCUGGCCCAGGCCUGGCUCCUGCUGCACAGCCUGGGGCCCCCUCCAUGGCGGGCACGGUAGCCCCAGGUGGGGUGAGCGGCCCUUCCCCGGCCCAGCUGGGCGCCCCAGCCCUCGGUGGGCAGCAGUCAGUCUCCAACAAAGUCCUGGCCUGGAGCGGAGUCCUCGAGUGGCAGGAGAAGCCCAAACCCGCCUCCGUGGACGCCAACACCAAGCUGACGCGCUCACUGCCCUGCCAGGUCUACGUGAACCACGGCGAGAACCUGAAGACCGAGCAGUGGCCCCAGAAGCUGAUCAUGCAGCUCAUCCCGCAGCAGCUGCUGACCACGCUGGGCCCGUUGUUCCGGAACUCAAGGAUGGUCCAGUUCCACUUCACCAACAAGGACCUAGAGUCCCUCAAAGGCCUCUAUCGCAUCAUGGGCAACGGCUUCGCGGGCUGCGUGCACUUCCCCCACACGGCCCCGUGCGAGGUGCGCGUGCUCAUGCUGCUGUACUCGUCCAAGAAGAAGAUCUUCAUGGGCCUCAUUCCCUACGACCAGAGCGGCUUUGUCAACGGCAUCCGGCAGGUCAUCACCAACCACAAGCAAGUCCAGCAGCAAAAGCUGGAGCAGCAGCGGGGGAUGGGGGCACAGCAGGCGCCUCCAGGCCUGGGCCCCAUUCUGGAGGACCAGGCGAGGCCCUCGCAGAACCUGCUCCAGCUCCGCCCACCACAGCCCCAGCCUCAGGGCACUGUGGGAGCUUCUGCGGCCACCGGGCAGCCCCAGCCCCAAGGUGCUGCCCAGGCCCCCCCUGGGGCCCCCCAAGGCCCUCCUGGAGCGGCCCCCGGCCCGCCCCCUCCUGGACCCAUCCUCCGGCCCCAGAACCCCGGGGCCAACCCCCAGCUGCGGAGCCUCCUCCUCAACCCACCGCCGCCGCAGACCGGGGUGCCCCCACCCCAGGCCUCCCUCCACCACCUCCAACCGCCAGGGGCGCCUGCACUGCUGCCCCCACCACACCAGGGCCUGGGGCAGCCCCAGCUGGGGCCCCCGCUCCUGCACCCGCCUCCCGCCCAGUCCUGGCCUGCACAGCUUCCCCCACGGGCUCCACUGCCAGCGGCAAAACGCAAGAGAGAACGAGAGGGCCACGUGUUUCGAGAAAAGUGGGAGCGAGCCUAUUUCUUUGUGGAAGUGAAGAGCAUGCCAACGUGUUUAAUAUGCAAAAAAAUCGUGUCUGUGUUGAAAGAAUACAACCUGAGACGUCAUUACGAAUCCAAGCAUAGUAAGAGCUUCGACCAGUACACGGAGCAGACACGAGAGGCGAUACUCAACGAACUGAAAAAGGGCCUCAAGUGUCAGUAGGUUUGCUUCGGAAAGAAAGCAAAUAACAGAAAUGGCGAGGCUGCGGUACACAGUUCCAGAAUAACGUGGAAAGAACUACCCGGGCAUGAAACCCUUCUGCAGACAGCGAGUUUGAAAGGAGCAGAAUGACGGGUCCUGCACAGAAAUGCAGCCUGCUAGACCGUUAUUUCCGUGUAACGGGCGUUUGCCUUGCGCGGCGCGUCGAAGAUAAACGAGAAGGUUUGCGAGCCCAGUUGCUCGAAAGAGUCGAAUCAGUUGUGGCCUUUUCGAUCGCUGCUCAUGAACUCUGACCACCCUGUUAGCUUUAUUUAUUUGUGGUGUUGAGAAUUUGGAGGUGACCGAAGACGUCUGUGACACGGUGCGCCAAGGCAGGCCCAACACUGAGAAAUGACUUAUUUUUUGUGUAUUAAGAGAAACGAGAAGUUUCAUGUCGACUGGUCAGAAUUCCUAAGCACAGCUGCAGACAGUUGUGGUAAACUAAUGGUCUGUGUCACACGGGGAUGGAUCAGGACACUCGAUCCAAGGUGGCAACCUUUGGCAAGGACGCACAAGUCAGGUCAUUGCAUCAGCCACCAAGAAUCAUGCUAAGAAGCGAAAUGGAACACACUUGGCCGUCCUCGACACACCCCUGCACUUGGACCACGGGCGAGUUGAGGGUGAAUUUGACCCGAUGUAAUUUACAGAAGUUCCGUGACCUGGUCAUCACACGAUGGUGUGAAAGAAACCUGAACUGUGGAAAUCAAUCUAUUGGGUUCAUUUCAAACGAAGCCAAAGCCACCCCUUGGUUCCUCUGAGAAGGUCAGUCAAAGAGUUCUGGUCAAGGUUACGACCCUUCUCACCACAGUUUCUCCACAAGGAUGUUCGCAAACAGCUCCUUGAAUGUAUGAUCGUGUUUGCCCAGUCCCGGCAAAAAUGGGGGAGCCGUUGGCAAGAAAUAAUCUGACUCCUUUGGCUGCAGUUGGUUUCCUGAAAUGCAAGAGACGGCCCGGACCGUCUUAAUGCAAGUUGGUCGGUUGGAGUUGAAGACCAAACGCCCCUGGAGCUCCCUGCAUCCAGACUUGAUGAAAACAAACGAACACUGUCCAGUUUGGCUCUGUUGGUUGACGUCGAUCGUGUGAAUGCAGACCCCAAACGGUAGUUCCUGCACCGCAGUGCCAUAGGGUGCUGGUUCCUAAAUGUGAUUCUGUUGGGAGACCCCGACCCUACGGCUCCCUCCAGUAGUUGUCCCGAAUCUCCGCAUUUGCAAGUCCCCAGGCUUGUGAACAGCUGUUUUCUGUUACCAAACUGAGUCAAGUUACAUCCCGCCCCCGGGUUCAGGAUUCCAAGUUGAAUUCUAAGCUGCCCAUCCCACCGUGACAUCCGAGGCCUGACGCUGACAGCUCGGGGCGGCAGGGCUGGUGUCGGCAUUCCCACUUCAAAUCAAAGGGGCAAAAGAGUUAUGACAGAGAAAAUUUUCAUAGCUAAAUAUCUCUAUUUUUUCAAUUUGUAUUUUUUCAAUUUUGAAUUUGAAAUAUGAACUCCAGUAUCGUACAUGUUUGUAUUCUGUUCCAUGCAUUCACCCUAGUUCAGUAAAGAUACAAUUUGAUUAUA